GUUUGUUGGACCACGUGUCUCUUAUUGUUAAUACUACGGUCUAAAAGUAAGAGGCCAUGGAAAUGAAGAAGACUACAACCUUGUUCAUAUCAUUAAUUUCAAACACAUUUGUAACCUUUAAAUUUUAAAUAGAUUUUGAAGAAUUUUAAAAUGUUAUCUAAAUAUUGUUUUAAUGUUUUAAAUAAAGGAACUAUAAGUCACAGGUUCAAUUGUUACAGAAAAAUAAAUUCUAUAAAAGACGUAUUUUUCAAUAAUGGACCAAGAAAUAUUUACAGUUGGACAAAUUUCGUGAAACCAGAAUUGUCUGGUGUACUUAAAGUUGGUGUUCGAAGUUAUGCUACCAAAACUGAAGAUGAAGAGAACAGGCGAUCUAUUAGACACAGAAAUAAAUUGAAUAUAUCUAACUUAAGCAGUGAUAGUAACGAAAAUGUAACCCAACAAAGUUUUUUAACAAAUCUUGAAUUAAAUAAGAUUCAACAAAUAUAUUAUGCAGAUACUGAGGAAACCAAACAAACAUUAAAAAUGUUCCCAUCGCCUAAAAAUGUUUUGCACAAUAUAUUUACAUUAUUAGUACAAGAAACUAAAAAUAAUUCAUUGCAUUUAGCCCCUUCAUUUAAAUCACUUUCGAACCAAAGAGGUGGUGCUUCUUGGAUAUGUACUUACAAUAUAGGAUGGCCAACUCAGAUAAAAUUUUUAGCUAAAGAUAAUAGGAAGAAAGUUGCUUCAGAUAAGGCAGCUUUAGCUGCACUUACUUGGUUAAGACUUAAUAACAAAAUAACAACAAAUGGUGCACCAAUUAUCUAUGAUAAAGAAGAAGUAAAACAAUUAACCAAAGGAAGUAUACCACUUCUGAACCUUCGACAAAAGACGUUAGAAAAUAUUGAUAAGAUUAUAAAUGUUUAUGAAGAAAAAAUGAAUUCUCACAUUUUGAAAUGCCAAGAUUCCUCAGUAAUACAAUCAAAAGAUGUCUUGACUGUUGCACAAGAACAUGAACUACACAUGAAAUCUAUUACAAAGAAAUUUUUGGGUUUUCAAAAGUAUAUUGCUAAAGAAAAACAUCCUUUGCCAAUUACAGCUUACAAGGAACAAUUCAUUGAAAUGUUAAAUACAAACCAAGUAAUAAUAGUUAAAGGGGAACCGGGUUGUGGGAAAAGUACACGAAUACCACAAUAUGUACUAGAGGCAUGGGUUAGAGAACAUGAACUUAGUGAAAAAACAGGAAUGAUAGCAGUUACUCAACCAAGAAGAAUAGCUGCGAUUUCUUUGGCAGAACGAGUUUGCAGUGAAAGAAAUGAAUCGGUUGGGCACAUUGUAGGCUACCAAGUAAGAUUAAAUUCAGUGUUUCGUCCAUUAACUGGGAGAAUUUUAUACUGCACAACAGGAAUUUUACUACGACAUGUCCAAUCGGAUAGCAGUUUAUCAGAAUUCAGUCACAUUAUUUUAGAUGAAGCACACGAAAGAGAUGUUAAUACAGACUUAUUAAUGAACAUCCUAAAACUUUCUUUGAAAAAGAACCCUAAUUUAAAAUUAAUAGUAAUGAGUGCUACUAUUGAUACAGAUAUGUUCAAAAAUUAUUACAAUGGUGCUCCAGUGAUAGAAAUUCCCGGAUUUACCUAUCCUGUUGAAAGAUUUUUCAUUGACAAUUUGAAUGACCUGGAUUUAACAAAGACUAAAACUAUGUGUGAAAGUUAUGCACCUUCAGUAGUACACGAAGAUGUUGUUAAAGUCAUAGAUUACAUAAAUUGUACAAAACCUGAAGGAGCCAUUCUUUGUUUCCUUCCAGGUUGGGAUGAUAUUGCUAAAGUACAAAGAAUGAUACCACAGAGAGGUAGCACAGUAGUGUAUUGUUUACAUUCUAGGUUGAACGACAAGGAGCAGUUCAAAAUUUUUAGUAAACCUCCUCCUGGUGUACGAAAAAUUAUAUUAGCGACGAAUAUUGCAGAAACAUCCGUAACUAUUGAUGAUGUUGUUUAUGUUGUUGAUACCGGAAUACACAAGGAGCAAAGAUUUGAUACAAGCAAAGGUAUUAAAUGUAUUGACAAUAAUUGGAUAUCAAAAGCAAGUGCAAUCCAAAGGUGUGGCCGAGCAGGGAGAGUUCAACCCGGUCAAAGUUUCCAUCUCUAUACACAGUCCAAACAUGAUUGUUUCGAAGAAUAUACUUUACCUGAAAUACUACGCACAUCUUUAACAAAAAUAGUUUUAGAUUCAAAAGCUUUCAGUAAUAAUAUGGAUACACUUACAUUCAUGAAAUCUUUACCAACUCCUCCUGAGGAAGUUGCUGUUUCUAAGGCGGUAGAAGAAUUAAAAGAAAUAGAAUUACUUGACGAAAACGAAAAUUUGACAACGUUGGGAAGAACUUUAGCAGAAUUUCAGCUCGAACCUAAAUUGGCUAAAACAUUAGUAAAUUCUUAUAUAUACAAAUGCCUAUCUCCGAUAAUUGACAUCAUAACUUUGUUUUCCACUGACACAGAAAUAUUUUCUUCGGGUUUAAUAGAUAAAGAAACAAUUAAGGAAAUUAAAAGCGAAUUUUCAGAAAACAGUGAUCAUCUAGCGAUGAUGAGAAUUUUUGAAAAAUUUUUAGAAUUUGAUGAGAUAGUUGAUGCCGAUAAACUAAGAAGAUUCUGUAGAGAUCUGAAUUUAAUUCCACAUAAAAUGGAAAUGUUCCGAAAGUUACGUAAAAUUCAUUCCGAUUACUUAGUAGAUGGUUUACAUGAUGUACUUCCAUUUUCUGAUGACUAUUCUGAUAAAGAUGAAUUUGUCAAAGCAGUAUUGUAUUCUGGAGUUGGAAAUAUAUUACAACAUCGAACCUGGGAUAUAGUGAAGAACAGAUUAAAGAACAAUACCAAUGUUUUGCUUACUAGGAAUAAUCACAAAGCUACAAUAACCCCAGAAAGUGUUAAUUAUAGAAGAUACAAGUUUCCUACAAAUUACUUACUAUAUAUUAAUGAAACUAGGUCCAACAUACGUAGAACGACGUUAGUACGAGAAUGUAGUUUUCUAACUAAUUUAUCAGUAUUAUUAUUCUCCAAUAAAAAAUUAAAAAUAGAUAAGGUCUGUGAUAAAGAUGCCCAAGAAGGUGUUGAAAACGAACAUAUAGAAUUAGUUUUAGAGAAUACAAAUAUAAAGUUCGUAUGCAAAAAAAAGGAAGCUGAAAAAAUUAUUAGAUGUAAAGAAGUUAUUCAUUUAUGUUACGGAUAUUUCAUUGCUCAACUGACUCGUAUCGGAGAGCGUAAUGAGGAUGUUAAUGCUAUUUGGAGUGAUAUAUUGGAAUUAAUUAAUGAAGUAAUAAACGAUAAUACAAAAUAAA